CAUUCCCCAGUAGAUGUUGGACCAUCUCUCACGGAGUGGAAGAGGCAGCAGAACCCAUCGAAAAGCCACCGAACAAGGAUGCAUCUUCACACUUCAUCGCUUUUCUUCUUCGUCAUCGUCGUCGUCGUCUCCCUGCCCGCCACCGGGACGGCGUUGGCGUCGGUCACCGUGGCGACAGCCCUGCAUGAGUUCCGGGGCUGUGCGGUGAGGGAGUUCUCCUUCGUGGCCCAGAAGCCCGGCUGCAAGGGCCUGAAGAUCACCACCGAGGCCUGCUGGGGGCGCUGCCACACCUGGGAGAAGCCCGUGCCGGACCCCCCCUACAUCCACCGGCACCACCGGGUGUGCACGUACGCCCGCACGCGCCACGCCACCGCCCGCCUGCCCGGUUGCCGUGCCGACGUGUCCCCGCUGUACCACUACCCCGUGGCGCUGCACUGCCACUGCACCGCCUGCUCCACCGUGGACACCGAGUGCGAAACCUUCUGACCGGCGCCCGGCGCCCCUGGGCGUAGGUGCUCGCCUUCGCCGUGGCGGUUUCUGUCAACAAAGCGAUGUUGUUUGUGUUUUUUUUAUUCUCGGGCACGGGGGGAUCAUUAAUUGAUUUGAAAGGGAGCGUGUGUAUGUGUGUAUGCGUGCGUGUGUGUGGUUGAGAAUGCCCAUUUGUGUGUGUGUGUGUGUGUGUGUGUGUGUGUGUGUGUGUGUGUGUGUGUGUGUGAGAAACCGUGUGUGACCUUUGUGAAUUGUACACGUCAAAU